GCUGUAGGUGGCGCAUGACAUCUCUCUGAUCCCCGCAGUCGGAUGCUAUUGGUCAGUGCACAGACAGAAAAUUCCUGAACGCUGUCACGCAUCUGCCGGCGUACCGCAUGCUGCUGCUCAGCUUCAUGGAACAAGAAGAACAAGGGUGUAUCACCGUCCGCUGACUGAGAGCUUCUGUAGCCACCGCUGUCACUUUGAGCACCGAACUGUAUUUUUGUUCCUCCUUGUAACUCCACACUACCAAGUUAGCUAGCGAUAAUGUCAGUUGUAGGCUUUGACGUCGGGUUUUUGAACUGCUAUGUAGCAGUAGCCCGAGCCGGAGGGAUUGAAACUGUCGCCAAUGAAUACAGCGAUCGAUGUACACCAGCAUGUGUUUCUUUUGGACCCCGGAAUCGAUCAAUUGGUGCAGCUGCAAAAAGCCAGGUCGUCACAAACUGCAAGAACACAGUCCAAGGGUUCAAGAAGUUUCAUGGCAGGGCAUUUUCAGAUCCAUAUGUGCAGUCUCUCAAAGAAAACAUGGUGUACGAUAUUGCACAAAUGCCCACGGGAACAACAGGCAUCAAGGUGAUGUACAUGGAGGAAGAAAAGGUAUUCAGCAUUGAACAGGUCACCGCCAUGCUUCUCACCAAACUCAAGGAGACGGCAGAGAACGCCCUGAAGAAGCCCGUGGCUGACUGCGUUGUGUCUGUUCCUUGCUACUACACUGAUGCUGAGAGGAGAUCUGUAGUAGAUGCUGCUCAGAUUGCUGGACUCAACUGCUUGAGGCUGAUGAAUGAGACAACUGCAGUUGCCUUGGCUUAUGGAAUCUACAAACAGGAUCUGCCUGCUCCUGAGGAGAAGGCCAGGAAUGUGGUGUUCGUGGACCUGGGCCAUUCUGGAUACCAGACAUCUGUGUGUGCCUUUAAUAAAGGCAAACUCAAGGUUCUUGCCACAGCAUGUGACCCGCUGUUGGGAGGAAAGGAUUUUGACGAGGUGCUCGUUAAACAUUUCUGCGAGGAAUUCGGCAAGAAGUACAAGCUUGAUGUGAAGUCAAAGCCCCGGGCUCUGGUCAGGCUCUACCAGGAGUGUGAAAAACUGAAGAAACUGAUGAGUGCUAACUCCUCUGACCUGCCACUCAACAUCGAGUGCUUCAUGAAUGACAUCGAUGUCACUGGAAAAAUGAACAGGGCUCAGUUUGAAGAGAUGUGUGCUGACAUUUGGGCCCGAGUAGAACCCCCUCUGCAGAGUCUGUUGGAACAGGCCAAACUGAAGAAAGAAGACAUCUAUGCGGUUGAGAUAGUCGGCGGAGCUUCCAGAAUCCCAGCUGUCAAAGAGAGAAUCAGCAAAUUCUUUGGAAAGGAGUUGAGCACUACACUGAAUGCUGAUGAAGCUGUGGCCAGAGGAUGCGCUCUGCAGUGUGCAAUCCUGUCUCCGGCCUUCAAAGUCCGUGAAUUCUCCAUCACAGAUGCCGUUCCAUAUCCCAUCUCUUUGAAAUGGCAUUCUGCUGCAGAGGACGGUGUGAGUGAUUGCGAGGUGUUUCCCAAAAACCAUGCUGCGCCCUUUUCCAAAGUGCUGACUUUCUACCGGAAAGAGCCUUUCUCUUUGGAGGCUUACUACAGUUCCCCUAAUGAGCUGCCUUAUCCAGAUCCCACUAUAGGUCAGUUUAUGAUCCAGAAAGUUGUCCCCCAGGCAUCAGGUGAGAGCUCCAAAGUGAAAGUGAAAGUGCGGGUGAACAUUCAUGGAAUCUUUAGUGUGUCCAGCGCCUCUCUGGUUGAAGUGCAGAAGUCUGAUGAGGCAGAGGAACCAAUGGAAACCGAACAGGCUGCCGACAAAGAUGGAGAGAGCAAAAUGCAGACAGAUCAGGAUGAGCAGCCGGCUCAGGGAGAUGCUCAGAAAGAAACAGAAGAGAAGACGCCACGAGAGAGUGAAGAGAUGGAGACUUCCACAGAGGAGAACAAGGGUGAGAAGAAGUCUGAUCAGCCUCCACAAGCCAAAAAACCCAAAGUCAAGACAAAAGUUCUGGAGCUUCCAAUUGAAAACAACCCACAGUGGCAGCUAGCAAACGACAUGCUCAAUCUUUUUGUAGAAAAUGAGGGCAAGAUGAUCAUGCAGGAUAAGCUGGAGAAGGAGAGGAACGACGCCAAGAAUAAUGUAGAAGAGUACGUGUACGAAAUGAGGGACAAACUGCAUGGCAUGCUGGAGAAGUUCGUCAGCGAAUCUGACCGAGAUGUUUUGUCCUUAAAGCUGGAGGAUACUGAAAACUGGCUGUAUGAAGAUGGAGAGGACCAACCCAAACAGGUGUACAUUGACAAACUGGCAGAGUUGAAGAAACUCGGUCAGCCGAUUCAGGACAGGUAUGCCGAGUCUGAAGAGAGACCUAAAGCUUUUGAGGAGCUGGGAAAACAAAUCCAGCAGUACAUGAAAUUUAUCGAAGCCUACAAAAUGAAGGAUGAGCAGUAUGACCAUUUAGAUGAGGCAGAUGUAAACAAGGUGGACAAACUGAACAACGAUGCAAUGAUCUGGAUGAACAGUGCCAUGAACCAGCAGAGCAAACAGAGCCUGGCAGUGGAUCCAUCUGUCAAAGUCAAAGACAUUAAAGCAAAGACAAGGGAGCUUUUUGGUGCUUGUAACCCUAUCGUGACCAAGCCCAAACCCAAAGUGGAGCUUCCCAAAGAGGAGACCCCUGCAGAGCAGAACGGGCCCGUCGACGGCCAGGAGAAACCCCAGGAAGCAGCGGCAGACAAGGGAACGACCGAGGCUGCGGGCAAUCCCGCCUCAGAAACUACAGAGAGCAAGCCUGACAUGGACCUUGAUUAAAGCAGCCCGAUGCCUCCUCGAGCAGAGCUGAGCAGGAGCUGAUUGUUUUAGAUUGAGACGCAGCCUAGCUGUAUAUCAGAGCCGGUGACAUGUUUAAGGAACUGCUCUCUACGGUCAAAAAGCAGGCAGGGUGUUUGGCACACUGAGCCCAGCUCCUGGUGGUAUCUCUGUCUGAUGACAUAGCAUGCCCUCUCUCUUUCUGGAUGACAUAAAUCAAAAGCCAGCUGCAAUAAUUCUGUUCGGCAAUGAGCGCUGUACACAUGAUGGUAUUUAUUUCUGUUGUGUGCUCUGUAAGUGUUCUGGUCUGUGUCACAAUAUGGUUUUAAUAAAGUUAUUGAAAAUCACUCGCACCAUCA